AAGCAUUUUCCACCUUCUCCAGGGAUCGAUCGAUUCCUCCAGGAUUUAUAUUCUGCACUCAGUUCCUCGACUGUAUAUACAAAAGAGUUACAAUGCAGAAACAACCUUACCAGGAUCCUCCUCCUAAUUAUGAAGCCAUCACGACCACCGCCCCUCCUGAGAGCUACCCAAUGUCCUCACACACUGGGGAAAGUGCGCUGGUUAAAGGUGUCCCUCCCGGUCUCCAAAGACUGCUACAGAUGAACCAGAUCUCCAUGCAAGAGAAAUUCACGGUGUCACAAGGCUGGGGGCGGAGCUUUGAUGUUCUGGAUCAGAUGGGCCAACGGAUAUAUCAGGCCACUCAGACCGUGGAGUGCUGCGGGCCGAUCUACAAUCUGAAGGUCAAAGACAAUGCGGGUCAGGAUGUCAUGGAGGUGCUGGAACACCGCGCAUGUACCUGCUCUCGUCUGAUGGAGGUGAUUGUCCCAUCAUAUGGGGUCGUCGGAUUGGUUACUUUGCACUUCAAGCCCCUAAUCACCCACUUAUCCAUUAUGAACCCAUCAAAGGAAGUUGUUUUGCUGAUCCUGGGCCCCAGCUUCCAGACCAGCAUCUUCGGGAACGUAGCCUUUGAGGUAAAAUCUCGAGAUGAGCAGCAUGUGGUUGGGGUGAUAAAAGGUGAGGGAGGCCAAUACACAGUUACAUUUCCGAUGGACCUGGAGGUGACAAUGAAAGCGGUGAUUCUGGCCUCCUGCUUUUAUCUGGAUUCCAUGAUUCAUGACAAAAGGAGGCACGUGGCAAACCGUCCAAGCAGCGACUAA